AUGGUGACGAGGCAGAUUGAGGCAAAAUCACAGAAGUAUUGUGCACCGGUGAUUCUGGCAAGGGUGACGAAGAAAUCAGUGGUGAAGAGCUCACCGGAGAAGCCGGCGGUGAGGAGUUCACCGAAGUGGCCGGUGGUGAGGAGUUCACCYAAGUGGCCAGCGGUGAAGAACUUACUGGAGACAAUGGAGUGGUGUCACAAGGUGCCAUAG